UGCGGUUGAUUUUCUUGAUCCUGCUAAUGGACAAGAGAGUUAGUUCAAAGGAGCCUCAGUGUUCUUCCUUUCACUACGAAGAGCAGUUGUUGUCAAAAGUGAUCCGGAUGGAAAUAGCGAUGGAACAACAACAGCAACGAGUAAAUGACGCUCUGGAAAAAGUGUCACAAACUAUUGAAAUAUUUAAAACAGACGCAAUUAAAAAAGAAAACCAAAUGUUAGACAGAAUAAGAGAUGCUCUUGAAAGUGCUGAUGCUACAAUGGUGAAUUUCUCUAAUAGGACAAUAUUACUUGAGGACAACCUAAAGAACGCGGUCGAUGACUUCGCUCAGGAUUCUAAACUGCUGAGUUCGACAUUGACUCAAAAUGUAUCUGAAGCAAUCGGAUAUUUGCAUACGUUAGAAGAGAAAGCUGGAACACCAACGAUUGCAUUUGAAGCAAAGGUCUUAAAGGAUCUGAGUGUGUCACCCAAUACAAAUCUCGUAUUCACAGAGGCCGUGUUCAACCAUGGUAACGGAUAUGACGUCAUAACUGGCGUGUUCACCUGCCCCCUCAACGGCACGUACUUGUUCACGUCACAUCUCUGUAGUUACGGUAGCAAACUCUUUGGCUUCAGCUUAGUGGUGGACGACACUGCUCAUACUAGUGGGCACGUUUAUGGGAGCAGUUCUUCCCAUUGUACGUCGUUUGAUGCUAUUGCGAUAUUGCAAGUUGCGAGCAGGGUGUGGGUUCAGACAAAUGGUCAUAGCGGUAAUUUUUAUCAAGACUCCAACAUGGUGAACACAUUUUCUGGUGUUCUUCUUCACCGUUAAACGUAUCUAUGGUGGUUUAUACUAAUUAUAAAGGUUUGAUAACACGUAUUACCGUCAUAGUAUUACGGUGAAUUUCAUAAGGAUCUGGCCGUGUUUGGUUUUGUAAAUAUACUUACAAUGGUGUCAGUGCAUGCAUUGGCUAAUCUCUGCACAAGGAAGAUUAAAGUGUAAAUGUCAU